CGAUGGAUGUCAAUAUAUAGUGUUUUACUUGGUAAAUAAGUCAAUAUAUAGUCAACAUGACGGAGUCAUUGACGGUCAUAAAUCAAAAGGAAUCUUCCAUAGAGGGUAAUGGUAAAAUGUGAUGGGGUUGUCCCUCCCAAAAUUCAGUUAUUCUUGUAGAAACUUGAAACUAAUCAUGGGGUUUGAGGUCACCCUUUUGUUUUUCCUUACUGGAUUUUGAGUGUACGCUAGAUCAAACCCUUUGCCUUCAUUUCUACUCCUCAUCAUCUCCUCUCUCUUUAUCCAUCUGGUUAUUAGUUUCUUCCCCAUUUUCCUUGCAUGAAUCUUGAUUCUCAUCACGUCUCUCCUCCACUAUUCAAUAAUUAAGCAUCUAUCGAUUCGAGGGGACACAUUCCUCGAUCGAUCAAUGGAGACGAUGGAAAUGGGAGGUGAUUGCAAACCCUUGACUACAUUUGUUCAUGCAGACACGAGCACGUUUCGAGAAGUAGUGCAGCGUUUAACAGGCGCAGGACCUAAUCAAACUCAAACUCAACAUGCAAAGAGUAACGCGGCCAACAGCAUAAGCUCAAGGAAAACGACGACGGCCUCAUCAACGAGCAAGCUUCAUGAGAGAAGGCAAUACAUCAAACCCAAGCUUGAUAUAGUUAAACCUACCAUCACCAACAGCCAUUUCAAAUCAUCAACUCCCUUGGUCAGCCCUUCUACAAUUUUCUCAAAGCUCUCGAUAGUUGAACAAGAAAACAGAGGAGGAUCACCAGCAGCUGCAGCAAAGUCGACGGUUGGAACAUAUGAACAUGAAGAUGAAAAUAAUAGGAAUAGUCAUUCAGAAGAAGAGAAAGCCAUUCAAGAGAGGAGAUUUUACUUGCGUCCAUCACCACACCCGGGAAAGUCCCCAAGGUCACCACCAGAGUUGCUUACCUUGUUUCCUCUAACAUCUCCCAAAUCAAAACUUCAAAAUCCAUGAUUUUUUCCCUG